CUCUCUCCUUUAAUUGAAUUAACCCUUUAUCCUUCUCUUCCUCUCUUUCUUUUCCCCUCUGUGCCCUCCCUCUCGUUUUCUGACCUUCUCUCCUUUUCUGCUCCUCUCUUUUUCCUUCUGUGCCCCUCUCUCUCCUUUCCCCCUGUGUCCCCUUCCUUUCCCCCCUCAGCCUCUCUCUCCUCUCUGCCCUUGUCUCCCCAGUCUUACUCCUACUCAGUUCUGUCCCUUUUUUACUUUCUGAAGCUUCCACGCCCUAAUAGUUGCCCAAUAGCUGUUUAUACAAAAGAAAGCCUACCGGGUUACACACACUGGGAGAACUUGCAAUCGAUUUUUUUGUGAGUGCAAACUGAAAGUACUUGCACAGGAAACGAGGGAGAGAAUAGAAUAGACCCCACGAGACAGCGAGAGACAUCCUGCUGAUCUGACAGCUCUGAGAAUGGGUAGAACGCUGGGAUAUGGCUGUGUCCAGUUAUUAUCACUGACUGUAGCAAUCUCAGCUCAAUUUCAGGUGACCUCAAAGAGCAGAUUGGGGGUGGUAGUGGUGGGAACAGAUGCUGUUUUGCCCUGCACUCUUUCACCCCCAUCGAGUCCCCUUGAACUGGAAGUCCGCUGGUUCAAGAAUCUAUAUACCUCAGUUGUAUUCAUGUUAAAAAAAGGAAACGAGGAGAAAGAACAACUGAUGCCCGAUUAUCGUGGGAGGACAUCCCUCCAGGCUGGACCUCAGACUGGAGAUCUGUCACUAUCUAUGCACAAUGUCCAGUUGUCAGAUGCUGGAAUUUAUCACUGCUUUGUUGAGAACAAAACCAGCUCUAUAUAUGAAGAAGCAAUAACAGAGCUCAGCAUUGUAGCGGUGGGAUCCCUUCCUAACCUGACUUUGUCUCUGCACGAUAACUCCAUUUUGAUCUCUUCCUCCUCCUCUGGAUGGUUCCCAGAACCAGAAAUUGUCUGGAAAGAAAUUGAUGGCACGCAAAUCACAGUAUAUUCCAAUACAACUCUCAAAGAAAGCAAUGGUUUAUUUAAUCUAGAAAACAGCAUUCUCCUCAAAGAUGCCUCAGAUGGACAUUUCUCCUAUGCCAUUAGACAUCCAGUGACAGGAAAAGACACCGGUGUACAUAUGAGUAUUCAUGAGAACAUGUUCCCACGCAUUUCACUGUGGUUGUACGCAUUCCUCUUUGCUGUUAUCGUCCUUUCUGUAGUUGGAAUAGGAGCUAUUUUUUAUGUCCGGAAACUACAGAGAGAAAAGGAUUGCCUUACUGGAAGAAUUGCUGAUCUCUCCAGUGAACUGGAUUGGAGGAAAGCUGUCAUGAACCCAGAAUGUAUCACGUUUUCCCCAGAGACCUGCCAUCCUGAGCUCUCUGUAUCUGAAGAUUAUCUAACCCUUUUGAACCAGCCUCCUGCUUUUAUACCUGUUCCGAAUGAUUUACGGUUUGAGACUGAACGUUGCUGUAUUUGCCUGCCUGACUUCUCCUCUGGCUGCCAUUAUUGGGAAGUCGAACUUGGGCCUGGUGUUGAGUGGGCAGUAGGUGUAGCCUCCCCAGAGGUGCGAAAAAAAGGUGCAGCCUAUCAGUUCAGCCCCCGGGAGAAUAUAUGGUGUAUCGCUCUUUUUAUUGACACGAUACAAGCUUUAGACAACACUGAAAAAAUUAUUCAGGUGGAAGGAGGAGGCAUUCUUGAAAGGGUAGGGGUCUACCUGAAACUUUCAGUACCAAGGCAAGUUUCUUUCUAUGACACUCGCAACUGGAGCUUGUUAUAUACCUUUCAAAUGGAAUCUCGGAACAGACUAAAAGUCCAACCAUUCUUUUGGCUUGGGAAUAAAGGGGGAAUAAUAAGGCUAAUGAGGGGCAGAACUGAGGUAACAAAUGAGCAAGAAGGGCUUGAAGAUGAACAUCUUUUGUAAAAGAAUGAAGAGAAGACAAAUGAGAGCAAUUUGGGGAAGUGUAAGAAUACAACAGACCAAGGACAGUGAUUUCCCUCCAAUCGGAAUAAACCACUAAGGGAAGUCACCAACUCAGUGUGUUCCUUUUGAAAGUCAUGAAGACAGGUCACAAGAAAAAAGUACCAGAAGCAUAGUACCAGAAGUCUUCAUAUAACAAUGCUACAUGUCAAUUAUUUAGAUCAGGGGGACGCCAGAGUUUAGUCAUGCCUAGGGCAGCACAAAACCAAAAUACACCACUGCUGACAGGUGAAGUGAAUAACAUUAAUUAUAUUGUUACAAUGGUACCUGUCAACGGCUAAGAUAUAUCAGGCAAAAAGUGAACAGUCAGUUCUUGAAUUUAAUGACUUAGAAGCAGGAAAAAUGGGCAAGCGAUAAUAUCUGAGUGACUUUGACAUGGGCCAAAUAGUGAUGUCUCAAUGACUGGGUCAGAGCAUCUCCAAAAUGGCAAGUCUUUUGGGGUAUUUCUGGUAUGCAGUGGCUAGUACCUACUAAAAGUGUUGCAAGGAAGGACAACUGGUGAACUGGCGUCAGAGUUAUAGGCUCUCAAGGCUCAUUGAUGCACGUGGGGACCGAAGGCUUGCCUGUCUGGUCCAAUCACACAGAAGAUCUAUUGUA